AUGAAUUUUGGAAGUCAAACACCUACAAUUGUGGUUCUAAAAGAGGGAACAGACGCAUCCCAAGGUAGAGGUCAAAUCAUCUCUAAUAUCAAUGCCUGUGUUGCGGUCCAAGAGGCACUAAAACCGACUUUAGGUCCCUUAGGUUCUGAUAUUCUAAUUGUGACAUCAAAUCAAAAAACUACUAUUUCUAAUGAUGGUGCCACAAUCUUAAAGUUAUUAGAUGUGGUACAUCCCGCUGCCAAAACUUUAGUGGAUAUUUCUAGGGCUCAGGAUGCCGAGGUUGGUGACGGUACAACCAGUGUAACUAUUUUAGCUGGUGAAUUGAUGAAAGAGGCCAAGCCCUUUUUGGAAGAAGGUAUUUCAUCUCAUUUAAUUAUGAAGGGCUACAGAAAGGCCGUUUCUUUGGCUGUGGAGAAGAUAAACGAAUUAGCUGUGGAUAUUACUUCCGAGAAAAGCAGUGGCAGAGAAUUACUCGAGCGUUGUGCUAGAACUGCAAUGUCGUCGAAACUGAUUCAUAAAAAUGCAGAUUUCUUUGUUAAAAUGUGUGUCGAUGCUGUACUAUCCCUUGACAGGAACGAUUUAGAUGACAAAUUAAUAGGUAUUAAGAAAAUUCCAGGUGGAGCUAUGGAAGAAUCUCUUUUCAUCAAUGGUGUUGCCUUUAAGAAGACAUUUUCGUACGCUGGAUUUGAACAACAACCCAAAAAAUUUACCAACCCUAAAAUUUUGAGUUUAAAUGUAGAACUGGAGCUGAAAGCAGAGAAGGAUAAUGCUGAAGUACGUGUAGAACAUGUUGAAGAUUACCAAGCAAUUGUAGAUGCAGAAUGGCAAUUAAUUUUUGAAAAGCUAAGACAAGUGGAAAAAACAGGCGCAAAUAUUGUACUAUCAAAGUUACCCAUCGGCGAUUUGGCCACUCAAUUUUUUGCUGAUAGAGAUAUCUUCUGUGCAGGUAGAGUGAGCGCGGACGAUAUGAAUCGUGUCAUCCAAGCUGUCGGUGGUUCUAUACAGUCUACUACUUCAGAUAUAAAACCAGAGCAUCUUGGUACCUGUGCUUUAUUUGAGGAAAUGCAAAUUGGGUCGGAACGCUACAAUUUAUUCCAAGGUUGCCCACAAGCUAAAACAUGUACACUGUUAUUAAGAGGGGGUGCUGAGCAAGUUAUUGCCGAGGUUGAAAGAUCGUUGCACGAUGCAAUCAUGAUAGUUAAGAGAGCGUUACAAAAUAAACUAAUUGUUGCAGGUGGUGGUGCUACAGAAAUGGAAGUAUCUAAAUGUUUAAGAGACUAUUCAAAAACUAUAGCUGGUAAGCAACAACUGAUAAUUAAUGCUUUUGCUAAGGCUUUGGAAGUUAUUCCAAGGCAACUAUGUGAAAAUGCCGGGUUUGAUGCGAUAGAAAUAUUGAACAAGCUAAGAUUAGCCCACAGCAAGGGUGAAAAAUGGUAUGGUGUUGAUUUUGAAUCAGAAAAUAUUGGCGACAACUUUGCCAAAUUCGUAUGGGAACCUGCUUUGGUAAAAAUCAAUGCUUUGAACAGUGCCACAGAGGCUACUAACUUGAUUUUAUCUGUUGAUGAGACAAUCACUAAUAAAGGUAGUGAAAGUGCCAAUGCUGGUAUGAUGCCUCCCCAAGGGGCUGGAAGAGGGAGAGGUAUGCCAAUGUAA